AUGGACGACCUCGUUUACCAAGGCAAGCCCAAUAUCCGCAAGACUGUCGAAAACCGAGACCAGGGACCGUCAGGAGAUGAUACCUCAAUCGAUUUCAGCAAAGUAGAGUUCAGUCACAGCCAAUGGCCUGCCUCGAAGGUGCUAUUGGGUGUGUCCAUGACAGUCCAGCCAGGCUCGUACGUGGCAUUCGUUGGACCAUCGGGAUGCGGCAAGAGCACGAUCAUCUCUCUAGUGGAACGCUUCUAUGAUCCAGCGUCCGGUCGCAUUACUUUGGACGGAGAUGAUGUUGCGCGCAUGCCUCCAAUCUUAAACCGUCGACACAUGUCUUUGGUCCACCUCAACUAUGAGCCUUCGGAGGCAGAACUGGACGAAGCUUGUCGGCAGGCCAACGUGCAGGAAUUCGUAUCGUCGUUGCCCGAAGGCCUAGACACGCCUUGUGGAGCCAAGGGGAUCCAGUUCUCUGGAGGUCAGCGACAACGUCUCGCGGUAGCCAGGGCACUUAUUCGGAAACCCCGACUGCUUCUGCUCGAUGAGGCAACCUCUGCGCUGGAUACACAGAACGAAAGGAUCGUGCAGGAAGCGCUCAACCAAGCCGUCUCGAGCAGGACGACCAUCGCCAUCGUCCAUCGGCUGAGUACCAUCCGACAUGCAGAUGUCAUUUUCGUCAUCGAAGACGGCAAGAUUGCGGAGAUGGGUACUCAUGAAGACUUGCAGAGGCGCGACGAGCCCGAGCCCGGCUCCAAGCGCAAGGCUGACGACUCCAUCAAGGAGGAAGAUCCCGCCGAAGAGGCCGAAGAAGCCGAGCCCGACAGCAAGAAAACCAGAAAGACCAUCAACCCCACACUCCAAUGGCUCUUGAGCGACGACGCUUUCGCCCUCGCAUUCCCCACCCUCCCGGAGGGCCACGGCGAGAUUGACUGGGACGACACAGUGCGGCGUAAGGAGCCGCCGCCGGAGGAUGCUGGGAAGCACGCUGAAGCUGAGGACAAUGACGAUGAUCACGACGAGCAGAAGCACGAGUUACUCCUCACGUACCCGGACUCGCACUUGACGCCUUUCCAGAACCUGGUGGCGGCGCUGAUCCUCAGCAAGCCGCUGUCGCACCGGCUCGGGAUGCGGACGAUCAACACGCUGCUGAACGCACCGUUUGGGCUGCGGACCGUGCGGGAUCUGGAUGAGGCCGGGUUUGAGGGGAGGAGGAAGGUCAUGUGGGAGGCAAGGACGCAGCAUAAGGAGAAGACGGCCGCGCAGUUGGGGGAUUUGGUGGAAGGGGUGCAGGAGGUGAAUGGUGGGGAGGAGGGAGUAGAGGAGUUGAAGGGGUUGAAGAAGCAGUUGGAGGGGCUGGAGGUGGGGGAUGCGCAGAAGAAGGUGGAGGAGGUGCUGUCAAAGGUCAAGGGGAUUGGGCCGACGGGGACGGGCAUCUUCAUGCGGAGAGUGCAGGAGGAUUGGGACGAUGUCUUCCCCUACGCGGAUCAGAGGGCGUUAGACACGGCGGUGCAGUUCGGCUUGAUGGAUGAUGGACAGGGGGUGGAAAAGCUGGCGGAGCAGCUUGAUGGUGAUAGAGCCAAGCUUGUGAAACUGUUGGAUGUUUUGGUGGGAGUUCAGCUGGAGAAGAAGCUCGACGAAGCGCUGGAGAAAGCCGGCGUUGAAAAAUAG